AUGGUCUCCACAGUACGAAGCAUCCCCAACUCAGAUAAACCUCCUUCAAACCUUCAACUUUUGCUUAUUAAUAAGUUCCACUUUUAUUACCGCCUAUUCAAAACCUUCAGAUUUCCGUACAUUGAAAUGACAGAACGUAUCCCUCCCAUCUCUCGUCAGCAGUCCCGUCUAGAUGAUCUCAGUCUGGGUCUAAAACUUGACGUUAGAGCACAUCAAAGGACAUACGAAGGUGCAUACACAAGAACAGCCAUCUCAUGCUUGUCAUUUUCCAUCGUGAUUAUCAAACUCUUCUCCAGAGAAUUUUUGCCGGUGGGCACGGUUUACACCGCAUACGGCUGUUUGCUAUUCUUUAUGGGGGUCAUCAAGUCGGGCACCGUCGAUACUUUCUACAACACCGAGAAGGACACUUUAGAGUUCAAAACCGCUGGCGAUUCUGUACUCGUGCUCACAGCCAUCAGUUUGGCUAGCUACGUGGCACUCCUAGUGCUCGUGUUACGGCUAUAG